UAGUGAAAGUAGGCGGAGUGAUUUAAUCGUGACAGCGGUCCACUCGACAAGAAGUCGGUCUUUCUGAACGCGGCCCCUUAAAAUCAAGAGCUGAUCUUGUCACAGCAGGCGACUGCUUUGAAACUCAUUCACGAUUCACAAGAGUUGCUAGCGGUAGAAUUCGAGGCUAAUUUUUUGGUAGGGCUAAACAGUCUAUACUUUUGUUUUUGCUGAAAUAGAACAGCAACGAAAAGCCAGUUUCUUGCUGAAAUCUCAUUCAUUCGUAAAGAGCAACUUGCAUUUCAUCUUGAAGUCAAGAUGCCGCUGUCCCGGUCUCUGUCGAUGACGUCAUUAAGCGGGCUGCCAGUUUGGGAGGAUGAAAACCUACCUGUGGAAGACUUACUGCUGUUCGAGGUCGCGUGGGAGGUAACCAAUAAAGUUGGAGGAAUCUACACAGUGAUCCAGACCAAGGCAAAGCUCACCGUGGAUGAAUGGGGGGAGAACUUCUUCAUGGUGGGUCCAUACUACGAGCACAACUUCAAGAUGCAGGUUGAGCAAUGUGAGGCCUCACACCCAGCCAUAAAGAAGGCCAUGGAGUCCCUGAGCAACAACGGCUGUCAGGUUCACUUCGGCCGAUGGCUGAUAGAGGGCAGUCCCUACGUUAUAUUGUUUGACAUUGGUACUGCUGCGUGGAACCUGGAUCGCUGGAAGGGGGAAUUCUGGGACACCUGCGGGAUUGGGCUUCCUUACCACGACCGAGAAGCCAACGACUCCCUAAUCUUUGGAUCGCUGACUGCCUGGUUCUUCAAAGAGCUGACCGACCAGCUCCAGGACAAGCCCAACGUCAUCGCUCACUUCCACGAGUGGCAGGCGGGGGCGGGGCUCAUACUGUGUCGCUCGCGGAAGAUCCCCAUGGCGACCAUCUUCACGACGCACGCCACCCUGCUGGGCCGAUACCUGUGCGCCGCGAAUUUGGAUUUCUACAACAACCUGGACAAGUUUAACAUUGAUAAGGAGGCUGGCGAGAGGCAGAUCUACCAUCGGUACUGUAUGGAGCGAGCGGCAGUGCACUGCUCCCACGUCUUCACCACUGUCUCCCAGAUCACUGCCGUCGAGGCCGACCACAUACUGCACAGAAGGCCGGAUGUGGUAACACCAAACGGCCUGAAUGUGAAGAAGUUCUCCGCUGUGCACGAGUUCCAGAACCUGCACUCCACAAACAAAGGCAAAAUCCAGGAGUUUGUCAGGGGACACUUUUAUGGACAUCUUGACUUCAAUUUGGAAAAAACUCUCUUCUUCUUUAUUGCUGGGCGAUAUGAGUUCUCCAACAAGGGGGCGGACAUUUUUCUUGAGUCUCUGUCCAGACUCAAUUACCUGCUCCGGGUACACAGGAGUGAUGUCACUGUGGUGGUGUUCUUCAUCAUGCCCGCUAAGACCAACAACUUCAAUGUGGAGACUCUGAAGGGGCAGGCCAUCCGCAAACAGCUCUGGGACACUGCUCAUUCUGUCAAAGAGAAGUUUGGCAAGCGGCUGUACGACGCAUUGUUAAAAGGGGAAAUCCCUGACAUGAACAAGAUCCUGGACAAAGAUGAUUUCACCAUCAUGAAGAGGGCCAUUUACUCCACACAGAGACAAAGCCUCCCACCAGUGACCACUCACAACAUGCUGGAUGACACCACUGACCCCAUCCUUUCCAAUGUGCGACGCAUCGGCCUCUUCAACGCCCGUACUGACCGGGUCAAGAUAGUGUUCCACCCAGAAUUCCUGUCCUCCACUAGUCCCUUGCUCCCCAUGGAUUAUGAGGAGUUUGUGCGUGGCUGCCACCUGGGGGUCUUCCCUUCAUACUAUGAGCCAUGGGGCUACACCCCAGGUGAGUGUACAGUGAUGGGGAUCCCCAGUGUGACAACUAAUCUCUCUGGGUUCGGUUGCUUCAUGGAGGACCAUGUCUCUGAUCCAGCAGCAUAUGGGAUCUAUAUAGUGGACCGUAGGUUCCGCUCAGCCGAUGAGUCCUGUAACCAGCUGACCCAGUUCAUGUUCGGGUUCUGCCAGCAGUCCCGCCGGCAGCGCAUCAUCCAGCGGAACCGAACCGAGAGACUGUCUGACCUGCUGGACUGGAGGUAUCUGGGCCGGUUCUACAUGCAUGCCCGACACCUGGCGCUGAGCAGAGCGUUCCCAGACAAGUUCAAGAUGGACCCGACCGCACCUCCACAGACGGAAGGUUUCCGCUACCCUCGCCCUUCCUCAGUGCCCCCCUCCCCAUCUGCCUCGCUGCACUCCACCCCACACCACAGCGAUGAGGAAGAGGAGCCCUACGAUGAUGACGAGGAGGCCGAGCGGGACAGGCAGAACAUACGGGCACCCUUCUCCCUGGGGGCAGUGCCAGCGGGCAAGAAGAAGCACCCAGGGGAGUUUAGCAACUGAAGGAGCCCCCUGCUGGAAACUGCCAGCUUUAAACAGAGCUUCCUCUAACUUCCAAACCCCAAGCCCACGUCCCUCCUCACUGUAUACCACCACUCUCCGUAGCCCCGCCCACAGCCUUCCUUCAGACUCUAUUUGUCUCUGGCCCCGCCCACAUCCUUCCAGCUCAUUCUGCAUGCUGUGUUUCCUUCUUUUCCCACUUUUACCCAGUGCUAUGUAGGAAACCGUGACAUUUGCAUAUUAUAUUAAGACAGAUCCUUUGUUGGUCACGUCCUGUCACUGCCUUUGUCGCACAGAAAACAUUUCCAAAAGAUCUGUUCAAGAGUUUCUCUGAAGAAAGAAGGAAAUGCAAAGGUCUGUGACAGGAUUUAAUACCAGUCUUUACCCCCACCAGAGACACACCUAUACCCUUGUGUACAGUAAGGGAACCAUCUUUACAGUGGCACAGAAAUUCACAGGGGCAUUGUGAAGUGUGCUGGUAACUGGUAAAUCAAGCCAGUUUAAGCCUGCUUACGGAAAGCAAUAGUAAUUCCAGCAAUGGGAAAAUCAGCACUUGUUGAUGUAGCCCCACCAGCCCAUCUCACAAAUACUAUUAACCCUUUGGGAAAGAUAUUAGGUCUUGAGCCAGUCUUUGUUUAACAACACAAUCAUUUAUUAUGUUGAUGUCAAGCAUGUUAUAUUUAGUCCAGGGUUGGGAAACUCAGACAGUUACAGAGUCUGCUGCAUCUUGUCCAUCUCAGGGCUUGAACCAGAGUGUCUGCAUGUUACAUUAACCAGUUGUACUACAGCAUCCUGAGGACUGAAAGUGACUAUAAUUUUGUAAUUUUUGCCCUGGAAUGAGUAUACAUUGCCAUGUGAUAUAAUGUGUCGAUACUCUCCUAAUUCAAGAAUAGCGUUCUGGAGACAAAAAAUAAAAAAAA